ACAAUUAAGAGACAACAUUUCUUGUCACUCAGAUAAUUAUGGGGUCACAAACUCAGCCAGCUAAGGUUCCCAUUGUAGAUUUAUCAAAAGAAAACUUGAAGCCUGGUACGGAUGCAUGGCUCUUGGCAAGCAAGGAAGUCAAGUAUGCUCUAGAAGAGUAUGGCUGCUUUGAAGCUAUUUACAAUAAAGUUCCUCUGGAACUUCACAACUCGACUUUUUCUUUGCUUGAAGACCUUUUCAAUCUUCCCUUGGAAAUUAAGAUGCAGAACACCAGUGACAGGCCUUACCACAGCUAUUUCGGACAAUAUUCCUUCCUUCCUCUCUACGAAUCCCUGGGUGUCGAUAACCCGACGACAUUAGAAGGAGCUCAACGCUUCACAAGUAUCAUGUGGCCUGAAGGAAAUGACGAGUUUCGUGAAAGUGCUCAUUCCUUCUCAAAGCUGGUGGCAGAAUUGGAUGAAAUGGUGACAAAAAUGGUGUUUGAGAAUUAUGGUGUGGAGAGGCUCUAUGAGCCUCACAUGGCAUCAACGACUUACCUUCUCAGAUGCUUCAAAUAUAGAGCGCCUCAGCUGAAUGAGACUGAUAUGGGAUUGCAUCCUCACAAAGAUAAGACCUUCAUAUCCAUACUUCAUCAAAAUGAGAUCAAUGGUUUGCAGAUAAAAACAAAGGACGGCCAAUGGAUUGAUGUGGAACCAUCACCUUCAUCUUUUCUAGUCAUGGCAGGAGACGCAUUCAUGGCAUGGAGCAACGACAGGGCACACUCUUGUGAUCACCAAGUCAUCAUGAAAGAGAAGAAAACCAGAUACUCCAUGGGAUUAUUCGCAUUUAAUAGUGGGAUUCUGCAAGUACCUGAAGAGUUGGUCGAUGAGAAACAUCCCUUACUGUACAGGCCUUUCGAUCAUUUUGGUUUCCUUGUCUUUAAUAAGACACCAGAAGGAAUGAAAUCUGAGUGUCCUAUCAAAGACUACUGUGGUGUUUGAUCUCUAUUGAUCUAGAGGGAGCGUGGUGGCUUGUUAACUUACUUGUUGUCUUUUUGGUGUGCGUAAUAAUAUUGUCAAUUAAGGUUGUUGGUCGAUAUCGUAUUUCAACACACUACUACAAAAAGUGCAUCACACAACACCUAUCAGACAAGAGAAUAAAAGUUUACAUUCGUCUGAUAACGUGAACUCUAUUGUACA